AUGCUCCGCUUGGGCCGUGUGCUGCUAGGCCGCCUGUACCCAGCCCGGCCCUGGGCGGCGCGGCGCGGAGCGGCGGCGUGGGGCGAGGAGGAGCGCUUCGUCUUCCUCGAGUACGAGCCGGAACCGCCGCCGCCCGCCGCUGCGGCGAGGAGCAGAGCGGCCGCGCGGAGCCGGGCGGCGGGCGCGGACGGCGCACCGGGGGGACGACGGGUGCGGAGGGCGGCCGACCCGUCGGUACCGCCGAGCGGCGUGGGCUGCUCGGGCUGCGGGGCCGAGCUGCAAUGCCGCGACGCCGCAGCGCCGGGCUUCGUUCCGGCCGACAAGUACCGCGGCCUCUGCGCGGGGCCGGGCGGCGCGGCCGGGCUGCGGAACGCCGUGUGCCAGCGGUGCUGGGUGCUGGCGCACGGCGGCGAGGCAGUGCGUCUGGAGCUGCCGCCCGAGCGGCACCGCGCCGUGCUGAGCGCCGCGCUCCGCAGCCCCCCUCGGCACGGCCGCGGCCCGCUGCUCCUCUACCUGCUGGACGUGCUGGAGCUGCCCGACCCCGUGUUACCGCAGCUGCCCGCGCUGCUCAGCCCCGAGGUGCCCGCCGCGGGGCUGCUGGUGGUGGGCAACAAGGUGGACCUGCUGCCGGCUGAUUCCCCCGGGCACCUGCGGCGGCUGCGGCAGAGAGUGACGGCUGCCUGCCUGCAGGCCGGCAUCUCCCGAGCGCAGCUGGUGGAUGUCCGACUGGUGAGCGCCAAGACGGGCUUCGGGAUGGAGGGGCUGGUCAGCCGGCUGCAGCGCUCCUGGAAGUGCGCCGGCGACGUCUACCUGCUGGGGGCCACCAACUCGGGCAAGUCGACGCUCUUCAACACCCUGCUGCUCUCUGACUACUGCAAGUCGCGUGCCCCCGACGUGGUUGGCAGGGCCACUGUCUCAGCCUGGCCAGGAACAACGCUGAACUUGUUGAAAUUUCCAAUUAUUAACCCAACGUGUGACAGGAUAUUCAGAAGGCAGGAGAGGCUGAAAGAAGAGGCACUAAAAACAGAAGACCAGCUAAGCGAUGAAGAAAAAAAGCACCUCAAUCGCCUUAAAAAGCAAGGUUACUUAGUGGGAAGAGUUGGAAGAACAUUUAAACGCCGGGAGAGCUCUGUGGUUGAUUUUGACCCUGACGUGCUGUCAUACAGCAUAGAUGAAGAUCCAUGCCCUAUCUCUAAGAAGCAUGAGGAAAGAGAAGAGUUCACAUACAACGAAGUGAAGGAUGCUCGCUGGUGUUUUGAUACUCCAGGGAUUGUAAAGGAAAACUGUGUUUUGAAUCUCCUAACAGAGAAAGAAGUAAAGCUGGUUUUGCCAACACAAGCCAUCAUUCCACGGACCUUCAUUCUCAAGCCAGGAAUGGUCUUGUUUUUAGCAGCUUUAGGGCGCAUAGACUACUUACAGGGAGAAAAACCUGCCUGGUUUUCUGUUGUGGCUUCUAAGCUGUUGCCAGUCCACAUUACUACCUUGAGCAGCGCAGAUGUCAUGUAUGAGAAGCACGCUGGCCAAGAGUUCUUUAAGGUUCCAAUGGGUGGGAAAGAGCGAAUGAAAGAGUUCCCCCCACUUGUCCCUCAGGACAUUACACUGAAAGGAACUGGUACCAGUGAGGCAGUUGCAGAUAUCAAACUUUCCUCUACAGGCUGGGUGGCAGUGACAGCUUAUGCAGGAGAGGAACUGUUGCUCCGAGCCUAUACGCCCAGGGGCACCACAGUGGUGGUACGGGAGCCUCCCCUUUUACCAUAUAUCAGUAACAUCAGAGGGGCCCGGAUCCCAGGUACUGCGGCCUACAGAACCAAAAAGCCUCCGUCUCUUGUAGAAAACCUGAGAACUGUGGGGAACAGAUAGCACUCACCAUCAUCUGAGCAAGACAGGAUUCAGAACCUUGAUGCUUGUUGACACUCAGGAGAGCUUAGACUCAUCUAAAAGGCAGACAGGCACAGUUUCAAGGGAGGUCUGGGCGAGAUAAAUCUGAUUUAAGGCACCACAAGUCUAAUGUAAUUAUUGAGCUGCAGCUAGUUCAAGCAAGCUGAAUGGCUGGUACCUUGCUCUGUGAGGUGAAAUGUUCUUUUCCCUGAGAUCAGGCGCUGCCAGUGAGCAACCAUCUUUCCCAGUUUACUCUUGAGAUACAGCACGGAAGCUGAGCUGCCUGCCCUUGGCUGACUUUGCUGCUCAGAGAGUAGGUCUUUUCCUGCAGACAUGCUCUCACAGGUCAGAAACCAUCACCUGGUUCUUGGAGCCUUCAUGUUGUUUCCAAAGCAGAAGGUAGAAGUGGGGAGAGGAGCAGGGAGUUCUCUGGUGUGGGUAUUACAUUCCCAGGAGCUUGCAGUUAUUCAACAUUAUUGACCAAAAAUUAGGUCCCCUCAGUAUCUGAAGCAUUGCCCUACAUCUGGACACAGGAAAAAGAAAUUAAAGAAAAGCAGGCCUGCUCAAGUGCCUGACAAAGAAACUUGCAGCUCACUGCUUUGGUUUGGUUUCUGUAGCUUGUGUAAAAGUUUCUGAAACUGAGGAUGUACAGUAAAAAAAAAAACUUC